AUUGGAUACCAAUUAAGACUAAAUGGAUAACAAUUGGCAACAAAUGGAGACCAAAACGUUAAGUCAUUUAUUUGAAGAACUCAUUGAAAAUGAGACCAAAUUUAAUAAUAAGAAGAUUGCACUCAACACAGUACGAACUCGUGUCGAGACAUAUGAACAACAAUUGUCUCAAUUAAACAAUCAAUUAAAUGAUAUCAAACGUCAUAUUGAGUUAAAGCAGAUCCAAGUCGUCGACAUUACAACUCAAGUAACUUUGAUGAACACACAAAAUGAUUUACUUCAACAACACAUCCAUACCUUCAUCUCAAAGAUAGACCAAUUAAAGAGACAAAUGGAAAAGUUAAGAACAGAUCGAAAGCAAAGAAUCCAUAAUUUGUUAAACAAAUCAUUGAAUUUUUGUCGUCAGUUUGGACCUAAUGGUCACAAAAGACAAGAACUAAUUGAAUGCCAACAAAGAGUUUUACAAAUGAUUACAAUUAAGAAUGAAUUGAAGACAAAAGUGGAUUCAUUGUGA